AUGUCAGAGGGCAUGUCUGCCGCGAGGCGCAGAAUUCGGUGGAUUGGCCCUGCGGCCGUGGCAGUGGGCCUCACGCUGGGUUGGGCUGCUGGCUUGGGUCAAGGGCGCACCUCUUUGAUUGCGGUGAUCUUCUUCCUGGCGGUGAACUGGAUCCCUGGGGAGGCGGACUCCCCCGGCAUGCUGGGCUUAAUCUGCUUGUGCCUGGGUGGGCUGAUGGGUUGUGGCCUGGGAGCGAUCGCUGGCGAUCCACGGCUGCCGCUCUUCCUGAUCUCCGUGACCUUGUUCCAUCUCACGGAGUUCACAUUCUGCGUGCUCUUCCACGAGAAGGACAUCGAGUUCCGGGCCUUUCUUCUCACCCCAGUGCCAGCAGCGGGCUACAGCGUGGCCAUUGUAGCAGCCAUGGCCGAGUUCUGGGUUCGCUGCGCGCUGGGCGGCUUCGCCCUUCCAGGUCUGAGAACGGCAGAAGUGGUGCUGGGUGCCAGCCUUGCCUUCGCAGGAUGGGCCUUGAGAACUGCUGCCCUCUUUACGGCCCAGUCAAACUUUACCCACCUCGUGGCCUCCCAGAAGGAGUCCGGACACAGACUGGUGCGGGAGGGGGUGUACAGCCUUUGUCGACACCCUGGCUAUGUGGGAUGGUUUGUGUGGAGUGUGUCUACGCAGAUAUUGCUUGGAAACAUCUUGUGCUUCUUUGCCUACGCCUGGGUUUCGUGGCGUUUCUUUGCAGGCAGAAUACCUCACGAGGAGGAGAUGUUGGUGCGCUUCUUUGGAGAUGAGUAUCUGGAAUAUGCAAGAGAGGUACCCGCUGGAAUACCAAAUGCGUCACAGCUGGCUUGA